AAAAACGCGUCGAAUAAGCCGAAUUUCAUCGAAAUCGCAAUGAGAUCUGAUGAAAUCUGAUCACAAUAUGGAAACUGAUAAUAUAAGUCCAGCUAUCGAGAUACAAAUCCAGAAGACAUUAAUUUCCAUCGAUGACGUUAGUCUGAAAAUAAAAAAAGAGCUGGAGGUAAUUAAGGAACUUACGGAGGAAAACGGACACUUGCGUACAGUAAUCAACGCGACGAAUCAAACGUUGUCUAAAAAAGUUCAAAAAAUAGGAGUGAAUGUGGUAGAGAUUAUCCGUGAGAACAAGCGUAAUUUAAACAAUUUAGAAUCAAAUUUAUUGGAUUCAAUCACAUCCACGAAUGUUACAGAGAAGUUGGACCAAUUAAAUAAAUAAAUUCCUAAAACAUAUAAUUUUUAACUACAUUUUAUUUAUUGUACAUCAUAUAUCUUUCUACUGUUUUAAAUAUCCAGAUAAUUCACAUACAUUUACUAUGUUUUUAUAAAGUAUUAAUAGCUAAAAAGUUGUCCAAUAGAUAUUGUAUCUCUCAGGAUAUGAAGAGAGUCUGUUGAUUGUUGACCCCCAGUGGGAUAUCACAUAUAAAAAUAAAUUUUUUUUUCUGUGACUUGUAUUUUUAUUGAGUCAUCGACUUAUAUACA